AUGUGCGACCUCCCUGAAGACGUGUCUCGGGAUUGUGCUCGUCUCAACGGGUCCCGGAGUGUUAGUUUUCCAGUACGCGAGAAGUCCGAUUUGUACCUUUCUCCUCUUCGACUGUUUUUUUGCCACUUUUCACGCCGUUUUCGAGGUUUCAUGAAGAAGACUACCUCGAGCAGACCCUUCGAGACUGUACAGCUCAAGUCUAUGAUACCGUCCGUAGAUGAGGUCAGAAAGAGUGGCUAUUGCCACGGCCUGACAGUCUGGUUGCCGGAGCAACGGCAUUACAUGCAAGCAUGCCUGUUGAACGACAAAAGUCUGGUUGCCGGGGCUCUUGCUUACCGGUUGGGUUGUCGACGCUUCGCUCCUCGAGACAAUCAUUCUUCAACCCGAUGA